AUGCACACGCGCGUGCCGCCCGGCUCCCCCCGCCCCAGUCCCCGAGCCCGCCCCCGUCCUAGUGACCGCAUGGUGGCCUCAGGAGCGACCACCCGCGCGCUCUCGCUCGCUGCCCCUCUACCGCCUCCCCCAGCCUCCUCGCCCCCGUCCACCACGCCGUGCGGCCGCGACGAACCCCCGGCCCCUCGCCCCCAGGCCAUUCCCCAUGCCGGAGACCGCACGCACCCCCCCCGCUACUCGGGCUUCGCCCCCGCCCACCGCCGGAUCCUCAUCCCUAAGCCAACACCAGGCGGGGCCGGUCCUCUCAGCUCGCCUCCCCCCGGCCAGCGCGGCGCUGCCCUUCCCCCAUGGCGGCGCCAGAGCCCCGCCUCCUGCAGUGCACCCCCCAAUCCGUCCGCGCCCUCGACGUGCACCCCCGCGACCCCGAACAUUACCCGGACCCCGCGGAGGACCGGGCGCCCCCGCCCGGCCACCCCCAGGCCCCGCCCCCGCUCCGCGUGGUUGAUGCGCCGGGGCCCAACGGGGGCCCGCCGGCCGCCUGCUAGUCCCCCCCGCGGCGCCCCGAGCCGGCACGACCUGCCAGCCCCACUCUACCACCGCCCAUCGCUCCAGCGCCCCGGUGGCGCGACACAGCGCACCCACCCAUCUCUCUCCGGACCCUCUGCCCCGCCCCCGUGGCCCCCAUCCCCCGCCGCUCCCCGCCCCCCCAAGCGCCGGCCAGGCCGCGCCGCCACCCGAGGGGCCGCCCUGCCGCUCCCCCCCCCCGCUGCGCCCGCUCGGUCCCCCAGACUGUCCCCGCGCACGCCCAUCCCGGGCGGCCCCCCCACACCCUGGAGCCCCGUCCAGCCCCCUCAGGGCAGUCGCUUGCCCGCGCCCACCGGCCUGCCCUCGACAAUCGCAGCUCCACCGCUGAGGGCGCAAACACCCCCGCGCGCACCGAGCCGACUCCACCCGCCGUCCACACGCGCCACCCCUCCCCCACCCCCGCCCUUUGAUCCCCCCCAUCCGAGACUCCCCCCCCGCGCGCCUUGCCGGCCGACCCCCCCCACACCGUCUCCCGGGCCGCGGAACCCGCGCCUUGCCGCUCCUGCAUCGGCUGCCCUCCCCCACGCUAGCCGGAGCCUGAUCACCCUCCGCCGCGCACACACGGGCCCGCUCGCGGGAGGGUUGGGCGACCCCCCCCCCCCCCACUCCGCCGACCGACCGCAGCCUGCGUGCCCACCGUCCGCCGUGCGCCAGGCCGAGCCAAACCUCGCCCCCCCCCCCUCGACCCCCACCGCGGCGUGUGAGAACUCCACGCGGGCCGGUGCCCAUCCGGGCACGGUCCACCCCGGCGCGGACGACCACCGGCCCGGGCGGCGCGACCCCCCACGCCCCCGCCAGCAGGUGACCCCCAUCUCCAGCGCCGUCCGGGCCCCGCCACGGACCGGUUCGGUGGGGCACCACCCCCGUCGCCGCCCACCGCUCGGCCCCCUGGCCUGUGCCCCCCCGCGCCGGCCGCCGCGGCGGACGCCGGCCCCCACACCCCCCUCACCUUCCCAGGGUGCACCGCGCCCCCUGUCCCGUCCCCGAUCCACACUGCUCGCUACCACGUUCCCCUUCCGCCCUAACCUUGCGUGCACACCGCCCCCGCCCUCCACCUCCUCCCCAGCUCUCCCCCGGUGCACAUCGACUUCACCCUCUCCCGACUCCGCCCCCCCCCGGCUUGGCCCCGACCUGGCCCACCACCCGAUUCCGGCUCCCCCGCGCCCCCCUUGGCUCCUCUCCCCCCUUGCGGGCGCGCGCCCUAUCCCGUGCUACCCCCCCGGCCGCUGGAUCGGCGCCCCCCCCCCACCCACACCCCUCCUACCCAACAGCGGUGUGCCCCGUCCCUGCCCCACGUCACCCGCGCCCCACCUCCCGGUCGCGGGUUGCCCCCCCCUCCGCCCCACGUCCUUCUGUCCCGCGCCCGGCCUCCUCGGCACCAUGGUCGGUACCGCGCCUCCGGUCCAAGUCGCCCCUGCCAUGGCGCUGCCCGCCAACCUUCCGGACAUAGCGCGCUACCCGGGUGACCCACGGUGCCCGCCGCAGGACUUCCAGUGGCCCCCUUCCGCGCCCCCCCCUGGCGCUCAACGCUCCCGCCCCGCCCGGCCCGCUCCCUAG